UAUGAAAUUAUUUUUUAUUUUUUGUAAGCUGACGAGAUAUUAUAUAUACGGUGAUAAUGUGGAGGUUCGCAAAGUAGAGUGUAGAGUUUGAAAUUAAUUUGGUAAAAUUUUUCUACAAUUUUGUCUUGGGUGUGAAAAUGGCUUGGAACCUUUAGGUCUUAGGUUCGGCUGGAGUUGUAGAAUAGGUAUAUAAGGUUUGCUGCCCCUACAUUACUAUAUACGUAAGGCUACAGUACUAUGGACGGAGCAGUAAGUGGCGCUGCAGUCGCCUGUUAUUACUUUAUACCUAAAAGUCCUAAAGGGAUAAUAAAAUUUGUGUGUCGAUUCGCAAAAUAAACAAAAAGAUUCCAGCAGAGCAUAUUUAGCAGAUAGCUCGUCGAUCUUGAUGUAAUAUACAUAAAUGUUGUCUGUCAUUUUCAAAUCAUCGAAGCUUUUUUAUGAUAAUACAUAUACUAUAAAUAAAAUGCACAAUCAACUCGUGAAGUAUAAUAUACAGUUGUUCGAGUAAAUCUACUAAUUUGAUUUAUAAAUCAACAAUUUGUUUUCCUCGUUGUCUACUAAAACAAGCCUUAUCAGAUUUUAUUAUAUCUUGAUCAAAACGAAAUAAUUAUCGGAUUUUGCUGCUUCUAGAAAGAUCGAAAAGCUCCUGAAUCAUAAGUAGGGAGAGUAUCGUAUGACAUCUUAUUUUGCACGGACCCAAAAAAAAUAAUUUUGUUUUUUUUUAUAACGUAAUUACUUGUUGUAAAUUUAUCAAGUUUUAAACUCAAAAAGCUCUAAAAGGAACCUCGAAAGUCACGGAUAACCUUGCGGGCGUAUAGUUACGAAACUCUCCUGAAUGACAGCUACUCACGCACUCUGUUCAAACGUUUCGAAUACCAACCAAUAUUCGUCAUCGAUUUCAAAACUAUAUCUUUAUCUAAGAUCAUCGAUCUUAUUAAAAUAACUUAAUUUACUCUAUAAUCCGCCAUCAUCAGGUAUCACUCUCGAUAAUCACAUAAACUUGUUGUCUGUACUCUGUUUCUCCUUCCUUUCCUCAGUAGCUCAUCCCGCUACCAGACUGCGCUACUAUCGACUCGUCCCAUCAGCUGUUAUUUCCCGUCUCUCUCUCUCUCUGCGUCUAAAACUAUCCUGCGCCGCUGCACUGCACAUCUCGAUCGGUCCUUGCCAUAAUCCCGCGCGCGUCGUUAUGUUUACCGCUCGGCAACAGCACGUGGACGCCUGAAAAAAUCCAGCCUAUUCGGGAGAAUGAGGCCGAGCAAGCGACUCUUGAGCAAGCACUGACACACGCUCCUUUCCGCGAGCACAGAGGAUUAUGCGCUGCGUCAUCGAUGCGCUGCUCGCGAACUCGGCUGAGAUGAUAUUGCACGCGAGAGCAGACAGUCGUUUGCAGCGUCCGAUGAGCAGAUAAUACAAUUCCCUUGCUGCUGUGUUGGCUGAGACUCUAAAUUCAUUUGGUUCAAGGCUGAGGUUUGCUUGUAUCUGUAUGGAAAUCUUGUUGUCGUACUUGACGGUAUGCUCACAAUUCAAUUUGGACAAUGCGGAAAUCAACUGGGCCACUCGCUGUUUCGACAGCUAUCAGCCGAUCUGGAUGCAAAGGAUACAGGUAUUUCGAAACAGGCUAACAGUACUUACACGGAGAAGAGCUUUGAAAAAUGGUUCACAAGCAUAAACAGAGAUGGGAAGCGUCUCGCUAGAGCAGUGCUGGUAGACACGGAGCACAAGGUUGUCAACAAAAUUUGCAGCAACUCAUCUGAUCGAUGGACCUAUCGGUCACAAAAUUUGAUUUGCCAGUCUAGUGGAGGGUCUGCCAAUAACUGGGCUUACGGUUCGUUAGUCAAAGGACCUCAGCUCAAAAAUGAUGUGUUGGAAAUUAGCAGAAAGGAGAUCGAGAAGACAGAUUCUUUCGAUGGAAUAUUGCUACUGUUGAGUUCAGCUGGAGGAACGGGAUCGGGUGUUGGUAGCUAUACUGCUGAGUUACUCAGAGACGAGUUUCCUAACAAGAGCAUCGUCGGUUCGAUUGUCCUGCCUUUCACAGCUGGAGAAGUUGGAGUGCAAAAUUAUAACACUAUGUUGACACUGGCAAAAUUCUCAGAGUCAGUAGAUUUAAGUCUUUUAUUUCAGAAUGAACAGAUACAUACGAUAUGUACGAGUGUUUUAAAAAAUGGAGAGACCAAAUUGUUCGAUAUUAACGAUGUAAUAUCAAAGAAAUUGUGCGCUGUCUUCCAGCCUGUGAACGAUGACUGGUGCACCGCCAAUUAUCUAACUUCCACAGUUGCCAGCCACCCCAGUUAUAAAAUGGCGACCAUUAAGAGCACACCGUAUGUCUCGCCAAAAGUCAGCCAGUACGAGUCCUUUUACCAUUGGAGACUGUACGUACAACACUUGAAGGAGACACUGCGAAAUACUUCUUCAGUAGAUGCAGAAACAAAAGCACCAUCUCAAUCCGCAAGCGCCAGAUCUGCCCAUUCGUAUUCCAGAUCUGUAUCGAAUCUCCUAGUGUCUAGAGGUAAAAUAAGCGAAAACGACCCAAUGACUUGUGACGAGUUACGGGGCAAGGAUUUGUACGUCGAUUGGAUUGCAUCCGGCGAAAGAUUAACUCACCUGAGUCAAGAGAGAAGACUUUUAAAUCAAGAGAAGUUUUUAGCUCUCGUCACGAAUAAUUCACAGAUUCACCAAACCCUCGAUGGCAUCGUCGAUAAGGCCUGGAACACGUAUGUACAUUCGGCAUUUUUACAUCAGUACAAAAAGUUUGGAUUAGAAGAGGAUGACUUUUUGGAAGCUUUCGCAAAGAUCGAAAACGUGAUUAAGGAUUACAAGAAUCUCUGAGCUUCCGAUUGUUGGCCUUAUCCAAGAGAGUAAACAAGUGCUAAAUUUAUAAUGAAUAAGGCAGUGCCAUUUAUCAGCUUUGUAAUUAUGUAUUUGUAGCAGUUUUAAAGAGUAUAUUUUCGCAUAUGGACAGAAGGUCUGUAUAAGAGAAAAUAUUGAAGACCUUGCCAAGAUAUUUUUCUAGUCAAUUCGAAAAUUGUCGAUAAGGAAGAAUCCGACUUCAUGAAAUAUAGACUUGCCGCUUUUUGACGACAGAUGACUCUGUAUUGGCUUAAAUGUGUCGCAACAAAGUAAGACCGCGAAUCGAAGAUUCGAAAAAAGAAAGGUGUGUAAUUUUGAUGUAAACUGUGUAAAUACAUGCUGAAACUUGGAAAAAUCGUA